GUGGUGUACUGCAGUCCCCCGACCAGCCUUGCUCAAAAGCUCUUUUGCUCAUCUAAAACCCCUCCGCCGGUGUCGCCACCGAACACACAGCUCCUCUCGCCGGAUCGCUGCUUCUGACGUCUUUCCGUCGUAAUCUCUGGAUCUCCGGCGAGGUUUCCGGAAAUGGGGGCCAACCUAAAGGAAAAUGAGCUAGUUGAAGACGAAGAAGAGUAUGUCUUUCUUGAUCUCAGCGGUGUGUGUGGACAAACUGACAUCCCAGCUAAUGCUCCAUAUGUUCUCUCUGGUUUGGACACACUGAAUCCAGUCUUGGUUAUUGGCAACAAAUUGAAGCUGAUAGGAGAGUAUGAAGAAACAAUGGGUACAUGCUUUGUCUUCUCGGAAACUGUUGACUCCAAUCAGGCUUCAACCAAAGCAGUCAAGCCCAUUGCUCGCCUUCACAAAACUUUGAAGUUUAGAUUAUUACCUCAAGAUGACAAUCAGAAGUGAUGACUAAAGCAUCUGCCUAGAUCAAGUAGGCCCGCCAUGGAUGGUGUUUACUGUUGCAGCCUAAGGGUCCUGAGCUCUCGCCCCAGCAUGUAAAUAUGAUGUAAAAGAAAAGCAAUAGGGUCUUAAUAGGAGUAAUUUGAAAAGAACGGAGAAUGUCACAUUGACGUCUGAUUUUAUUUCAUAUAUAUAAAAAAUUUCAUAAAAAAAAAUUAUAAAAAGGGUGGACAGGAGAGGAAUUAUUCAAAUAGCAAUGAGGAAUUUCUUGUGACAUUGGAUCUAUUGUUUUUUAUUUUUAAAGCAAAUAUGAGUACUUGAUGAGAAAUGCACAGGCAGUUUGUGCCAGGUAAGAUUUAAAGA